UUUCAUCUUAAUGAAAUGCACAAGCCUGGCGAUGUGGUCCUUGGUGGGCUGUUUGAGGUCCACUACACCUCUGUCUUCCCUGAGCGGACAUUUACCUCAGAGCCACAACAGCCAAGCUGCCAAGGCUUUGACACUCUAGGCUUCAGGUUUGCCAUGACCAUGGCAUUUGCCAUUGAUGAGAUCAACAUGAACUCCCAUCUGCUACCUAAUGUGACUCUGGGAUACAGUAUUUAUGAUAGCUGUGGUGCGCUUGUUAUUGGACUCAGUGGUGCAUUUUCACUGGCAAGUGGUCGAGAGGAGCAGUUUCUGCUUCAGGAAAACUGUUUGGGGACCCCUCCAGUCCUGGGCAUUGUUGGGGAUGCCUACUCAACAUUUUCUAUUGCCAUCUCCAAUGUGCUAGGUUUAUACAAAACGCCCAUUGUUAGUCAUUUUUCCACAUGUUCCUGUCUGAGUGAUCGGCAACGGUUUCCAUCCUUCUUUAGAACAAUCCCAAGUGAUGCUUUCCAGGUGCGUGCUAUGAUUCAGAUUUUAAAACACUUUGGCUGGACUUGGGUGGGCCUUUUGGUCAGUGAUGAUGACUACGGACUCCACGUUGCCCGAUCCUUUCAAUCUGACCUGGCGCAAUCUGGUGGAGGUUGUCUGGCCUACUCAGAAGUUUUGCCCUGGGACAGUGAUCCAAGUAAACUCAAGAGGAUUGUACAUUUGAUAAAGACAUCAACAGCUUGUGUGGUCAUGGUGUUUGCACAUGAGAUAAACAUGAUUGAGCUAUUGGAAGAGGUGGUGAGGCAGAAUGUGACUGGCCGGCAGUGGUUGGCAAGUGAAGCCUGGACAGCAGCUACUGUGCUCCAGACCCCCCGUCUCAUGCCAUACCUGGGUGGCACACUGGGCAUUGCCAUUCGUCGAGGAGAAAUACCAGGACUCAGGGACUUCCUUUUAAGAAUACGUCCUGACCUACACUACAACAACAGCUAUGGAAAUAGCAUGGUGAGACAAUUUUGGGAAUACACGUUUCAGUGUAAAUUUGAUCCAGCAGGUUGGGUUGAAUCUGAGGGAGCACUAUGCACUGGACAGGAAGAUAUUGAAAGUGUGAAGACUAAGUUUUUAGAUCUUUCUAUCCUCAGGCCUGAAUACAAUGUUUUCAAGGCUGUAUAUGCUCUGGCAUAUGCCCUUGAUGACCUGCUGCGCUGUGUGCCAGGGAGAGGGCCCUUCAGCAUGCACAGCUGUGCCAGUUUGCAAAGACUGGAGCCAUGGCAGCUUUUACAUUAUUUGCAAAAGGUCAACUUCACCACACCAUUUGGUGAUCAAGUGUCAUUUGAUGAGAAUGGUGAUGCCUUACCAAUAUAUGAUAUUGUGAACUGGCUGUGGCUCCCUGAUGGAAAAACUAGAGUUCAGACUGUGGGCGAAGUUAAAGAGUCAGCCAAAGGUGAAGAACUCACAAUUGAUGAAGACAAAAUCUUCUGGAACUUUCAAUCGAAAGAGCCACCCCAGUCAGUGUGCAGCGAGAGCUGUCGUCCAGGUACCCGCAUGGCCAGAAAGAAGGGGGAACCUGAGUGCUGUUUUGACUGCAUCCCUUGUUCUGAGGGAAAGAUCAGCAAUGAAACUGACUCCAUGGAGUGCACCAGUUGUCCAGAGGACUUCUGGUCCAGCCCCCAGCGUGACCACUGUGUUCCUAAGAAAACAGAGUUCCUCUCCUAUCAAGAGCCUUUAGGUAUCUGCUUGACAAGCAUCUCAUUGCUGGGAACCUUUAUCUGUGCUGUUGUCCUGGGCAUCUUCAUCUUUCAUCGCAGUACACCCAUGGUACGCGCCAACAAUUCAGAACUGAGUUUUCUGCUUUUGGUGUCACUCAAAUUGUGUUUCCUGUGUUCUCUGCUGUUUAUAGUCCGUCCCAGGCUGUGGACGUGCCAACUGAGGCAUGCAGCAUUUGGGAUCAGCUUUGUGCUUUCUGUCUCUUGUAUUCUGGUGAAAACCAUGGUGGUUCUGGCUGUAUUCAAGGCCUCCAAGCCAGGAGGUGGAGCCAGUCUCAAGUGGUUUGGUGCUGUGCAGCAGAGAGGGACAGUUUUAGUUCUUACAUGCAUUCAGGCAGCAAUCUGCACUGCUUGGAUUGUCUCUGCUUCACCAACUCCUCAUAAAAAUACUCAAUACCACAAUGACAAGAUAGUUUAUGAGUGUGUAGUCGGGUCCACAGUUGGUUUUGCAGUGUUACUGGGCUAUAUUGGCUUACUGGCUAUCCUCAGCUUCCUGUUAGCAUUUCUGGCGAGGAAUCUUCCAGACAACUUCAAUGAAGCCAAGCUCAUCACUUUCAGCAUGCUGAUCUUCUGUGCUGUGUGGGUGGCCUUUGUCCCGGCUUAUGUCAACUCCCCGGGCAAAUAUGCAGAUGCAGUAGAGGUAUUUGCCAUCCUGGCCUCCAGUUUUGGUCUCUUGGUGGCACUGUUUGGACCCAAAUGUUACAUAAUUCUGCUGAGACCAGAGAGGAACACAAAGAAAGCAAUCAUGGGUCGAGGAACCAACAAGUCAUAAAAUCAUACAUCAAAUGUAUCAAUUAAUCUAAUCUACUCUGUAUUUUAUAUUCAACAAACAAAACUAGAAACAAUAAAUAACUGUUAAAUGAAAAAAAUUGGUCUUACACUAUAAUUGCCAUUUUGUCUGAUCGUUUCUUUCUUUUUUUUUACAAAACCCUGAGA